GGUCAAAGUUAAAAAACUCUGACCAUCCUCACCAUCAUUAACACUCAACAACAAUUCCAGUUGAAUCCCAUGUAGUGGUGUCUGGGAGAGCGAGUGUAUGCACACCUUACCUCUAUUUGGAAAGUAGAGUGGUGGUUUUCACGACACUCCGGCUCUAAACAAAAGCAACACAGAAAAACAUGUUAACGACCAUCAUUAACAUACACAAUACGUUAAAAUUUUAUCCAACUUUUUCUUCAAACUUCUUCGAAUUUCUUCCAACAUUCAACUCUAUUUUUUUGACCCAAAAGAACAUUCUCAUAGUGGUUUAACCUCUAUGCUGAAAAAAAAAAUAUGGAGUAGUAUUUUGUAAAAAAUAACUGGAUUCAGACAAUACGCUUAUAGACGACUCACGCACAUCUCUGAGUACUUGCGCACCUACACCCUAUUUAACGUAUGUUACAUCUCUCUUGUGAUCUAACAUUGAUUUUUAAUCCUAUUUAUUUAGCACAAUAAAUUACCUUCAGAAAUACUCCUUAAUUCUAAUAUAUUUGUCUUCAAGUUUAUUACUUAUAUGUUCAAUUCUACAUUGAUCUAAUUCAAAGUUUUGCAGUGUUCCUCAGCUGAAAUCUGUGAUCCAGCUACUUUCAAACAUUGAGAACUCCCAAGUAAAGUCCAUAUCCAAUGCUCGGCUUUUGCAAGAGGAAUCUGAAUCCGCAGAACAACCAUAAGUAACAUUUUCCCUGGAAUGUCAUUGUGGCCUAGAAGAUUGGUUCAAUAUUCGUAGAAUCGUCUAUGUGUGUCAUUUGUGAACUCGGGCGAAUAUUUUUAGAAAGGUUGUGCUUGUUAGAAAGGUGCACCACUAGCCAACUUGGGUACAAUGGGCAUGGCCGUUCGGUACCUUUGGUUCAUGGUAAUAGUUGGAAGAAUUGUAAGGGGCGUUUGGUGCUCGGAGUCUCAUUGGAAUUUGGAAUUCAUUCGCAAUGGAGUUUACAUUUGGUGAGCUUAUUCACAGUAUAAUCAGCCUUAUCAGUUUGAUUUCUUACCAAACACUAAAUUACUUUACUGCAUAGAUAGGAAUUGGUCAAUAUUAUUUUGGUCUGUCACAGCUUGGAAAUGGGCGGCAGUAAAGGAGGCGGCGGGAAAGGUGGAGGUUCGGGAGGAGGCGGAGGUGGUAGAAGUGGUGGCGGUGGAGGAGCCAAAGGUGGUGGCGGGGCUGGCGGUGGCGGUUCAUCCAGAAGCGGCGGUGGCGGGUCCGGACAGAUGCCUGCUCCUGGCACUGGCGGAGGGCAGUACAUUUCUAGGGCUGGGUUUGAAGCCAACCCGCAAGGGUAUUUUGCUGGGUUGCAUGCCAGCCAGAAGGGCAAAUAAGUUUAAUAAUCACUGCACUCAGGAAGGAGAAAAACUUAAUAAAUACGAGAAAUAAUAAAAGCAUGAAUGAAGUAAUUUAGUAUCAAGUGUAAUGUGCUUCUACCUCUAAAACUAAUGAAUGUUUUGAAUAAAU